AUGGAUAUCACGGUUCUUGAUGUGGUUCCCAAGUGCAAAAAGAUGGUAAUCUAUUGCAUUCAGGAACGUUCUGCUUUUGGAAAAAUGCUUGAAACGUUUCGUUUUCAUUCUACUAUGAUAAGAAAUUGCACAAAACGCCUAACUCUAAAGGCGACAAUUAUUGUUGUUGUACUGUUUUAUUGGGUUUUGCUCCAAAAUCAAGAAGCCCCAAUUUCUGAGUUACUCGAGGAACGCUGCGAUCGAAGUGGAUGGAAUUAUAGCACAACUGCCGGCAGAACACGGGAUUUUGGUUCAAGGUUCCGUGUCUCAUUUGCGGAUAUUCAAAAAUCUCAAAGAUGGCUGCACCUUCCAAAAAUUAAAAAUCCAACGUGGAAUCGUGAUAUUUUAAUGAUAGUUGCCAGUAGGCCAGGAAGUGUUUCACGGAGGAAAGUUCUGAGGAAGACUUGGAUGAACAAGGCGAAUAGUAAAAUAAUACGGAAUGGAAGGAUGCAAGUAUUGUUUUUAGUUGGGAUGGUAGCUGGAGAUCGUGAUCUGAUGAAAGCCGUGAAGAAGGAAGCAGAAUCAUUUGGUGACAUUAUUGUGAUGAACUUAGAAGAUACUUACGAUAACUUGCCGUUCAAGGUGCUAUCCCUACUUCUUUAUGGAACAAAUAAGGCGUCCGAUUUCAAAAUUAUUGGAAAAAUCGACGAUGACGUCAUUUUCUUCCCGGACCGUCUUACCCCACUGUUGGACGAAAACGUGAUUGAUUCCAGCAGCUAUAGCAUCUACGGGUACUUGUCACAAGAUGAUGAGCUUGUCGUUCGAAACGAAACUAAACCAUGGUAUGUACCUGAAACUGCAUAUAACUGCACGAAAUAUCCGGUGUACGCUUUGGGACCAUUUUAUUUGAUCACUAACAAGGCAGCUAAUCUUAUCGUGGAAAAUUCCAGAUUUCAAAAUUUCAUGACAGUUGAAGACGCUCUUAUCGCUGGAAUUAUUGCCGAGGGUCUUGGAAUUCAGCGGCACAGUCUUCCAAUGGUGUUCAGAUACAGAUUUGAUAACACUGACGGAAAGAAAAUUCUCUCGUGGCAUAUGUCCAAAAGGAGUGACAGACAAUUUUUGGAUUUUUAUCAGCAAAGUUUAGCACUGUAUCAACUGGAACAGGAAUCUUAA